CUUGAAUCGACCACCACCUACACUUCGUCCAGAAAUACCACCUGCAGCCGCUGAAUUACAAGUGAACAUAAAUCCUCCAACAAAAAUGGAAGUCCUGAACGCCAUAAAGCCACUGGAAUGCGGGAAAGCAGCAGGACCAGAUGGGAUACCGCCAGAAGCACUGAGAACAGACGCAGAGACAACAGCAGACAUGCUCACACCACUAUUGCAGAAAGUGUGGAAGGAAGAGAAGGUACCUGUCGAUUGGAAGAAGGGUUACCUCGUCAAACUGCCGAAGAAGGGAGACCUCAGUGUUUGCAAGAACUGGCGAGGAACCACUCUCCUGUCCACCCCAAGUAAAAUAUUAAGCCGCAUCAUCCUGGAGAGGCUUAAAGAUGCACUGGAUUCGAAACUACAACCGGAACAGGCAGGCUUCAGGAAGUACAAAUCAUGUGCAGACCAAAUUGCAACGCUUCGCAUCAUCAUAGAACAGAGCAUAGAAUGGCAAUCAGCUCUCUACCUCAACUUCAUCGACUUUGAGAAGGCCUUUGACAGCGUCGACCGAGAAGUCAUUUGGAGGCUGCUUCACUACUACGGAGUAUCGCAAACCUUUAUCAGCCUCAUUCAACAACUGUAUGAAGAUGCCACAUGCCAAGUAAUUCACAAUGGGAAGCUCAGUGAUGCCUUGAGGUGAAGUGAAGACAGGAGUGAAACAAGGUUGCCUACUAUCCCCCAUGAUAUUCCUGAUUGUGGUGGACUGGAUCAUGCAACAAACAGUGGGGAGCGAUAAGAGGGGGAUACGCUGGACUGCGGAAAAGAACCUAGAAGACUUGGAUUUCGCCAACGAUGACUUGUGCCUGAUGUCACAUAAACUUGAAGAUCUAACAAGUUGACAGAAGAGGCGGCGAAGACGGGACUUCUAGUGAAUAUAGAGAAGACAGAAGUGAUGAAGAUACCGCACCACCAUCAUCAACAACAACAACAAACUCCAGUCACCAUCAACGGGAGAAACUUAAAGGAAGUAACCUCCUUCACCUAUCUAGGAAGCACUGUUUCAACUACAGGCGCCACAAGCACAGAUGAGGAUGUCAAAGUCAAAUCGGAAAAGCAAGACGCGUUCAUUAGCCUGAAACCAGUGUGGAGAUCUUC